CGGACAUCGCUAGUUGAUGUCAGAGAAACGAACUCGAGGCUCGAGCUACCUGCAGGAACACCGAAGAACCGAUCCGCAGAACCGGCGCGAGCGACCUAAUCCACUAACGACAUGUGCAGACACUUUAGGAAAGCGCUUGCGAGUAACUUAAAAUAAAUAACUUUAUCAGGAAUUAUUAAUAAUACAUAUAAUACGCGCCGGUUCCGUUUCACGUCGUAGUUUAGUGUGUUGCAGGAAUGCGUUGGAGUUUGUGGUCUGUUCGACUCCAACAGAUGCUCGUCUUUGAACAACAGCGACGUUGUUUAUGAAUUGGGGAAGAUUUGAAGUCAGGCUAGCCAGUCCGGAGCGCCCGGGAGAGGAGAGGGGGAGAGGAGACGAGACGAGGGGAGGGAGGAGAGCGGAGAGAGGCGGGGAGGGGAGGAGAGGAGAGGGGCGCCCAGAAAACGCCCUGCUGCUGAAUCCUCUCAAAAUUAAAACUUUAUCGCGCCAUUAACGGUACGCUCGCACUGAAGGAUGAGAAGUUUGGCUCCUCUCAAUUGUUUAAAGUAGCCACUUCAUAGAUUGUUUUGAGGGGGAAAGUUUGGAAAACCUCAAUUGUUCCCAUUGGAUUAAUGUUAUUUUUUUCCGCUUUAUUCUGGACAAGCACGGGGUACUUUUUGGAGGGCGGCGAGUUGGAGGCUGUAUAGGCCCGCUGCUCGACAACUUGAAAUAAGAUCUCGCAUCUUUAAUGUGAACCAGAAAAGUUGUGCAGAUCGCUCUUCGUUGCUCAGACUGGCGCCAGGACAAGGCAAAAAUGUCGCUAGGAGCGGAGAGAAGGAUGGAAAACCGGUUGAGAAAACUGGAAGCCAUGCUCAAAGAGCCGCGGUCUGCGAUCAACUUGGAAAGUUUGCUGGACUCCAUGAAUGCCAUGGUUUUAGAUUUGGAUUUUCCAGCCUUGCGUAAAAAUAAGAACAUUGAGACCUUCUUGAACAGAUAUGAGAAGGUUAUGGGACAUAUGAGGGAGCUCCAGAUGAAGCCAGAAGAUUUUGACCGAGUGAAGGUGAUCGGUAGAGGAGCAUUUGGAGAAGUCCAGCUGGUUAGGCAUAAGGCCUCUCAGAAGGUGUAUGCAAUGAAGGUGCUCAGCAAGUUUGAAAUGAUUAAACGCUCAGAUUCUGCCUUCUUUUGGGAGGAGCGUGACAUCAUGGCGUUUGCUGACAGCCCAUGGGUCGUACAGCUGUGCUGUGCGUUCCAGGAUGACCGUUCUCUCUACAUGGUAAUGGAAUACAUGCCAGGAGGAGAUCUUGUCAAUCUCACCAGUACAUAUGAUGUUCCAGAGAAGUGGGCAAAGUUUUACACUGCUGAGGUUGUGUUGGCUCUGGACGCCAUUCACUCAAUGGGCUUUGUUCACCGAGACAUCAAACCAGACAACAUGCUGCUGGACUGCUACGGACACCUCAAACUUGCCGACUUUGGGACCUGCAUGAAAAUGGAUGGGACGGGGAUGGUUCAUUGUGACACUGCGGUCGGAACCCCUGAUUACAUCUCGCCGGAGGUUCUCAAGUCUCAGGGAGGGGAUGGAUACUAUGGACGCGAGUGUGACUGGUGGUCAGUGGGAGUAUUUAUCUACGAGAUGCUGGUUGGUGAUACACCGUUUUAUGCCGAUUCUCUGGUGGGGACCUACAGUAAGAUUAUGGACCAUAAGAACUCUCUUAACUUCCCUGAUGACGUUGAGAUCUCUCAAGAAGCCAAAAACAUCAUCUGUGCCUUCCUAACAGAUAGGGAGGUUCGACUGGGCCGAAAUGGCGUAGAAGAAAUUAAAAGACAUCCUUUCUUCAAAAACGACCAGUGGACCUUCAGCACCAUUAGAGAGACUGCAGCACCUGUGGUUCCAGAGCUGAGCAGUGACAUAGACACCAGUAAUUUUGAUGAGAUAGAGGAAGAUAAAGGAGAAGUAGAGACGUUUCCCACACCCAAAGCCUUCGUUGGCAAUCAGCUGCCCUUUGUGGGGUUCACUUACUUUAAAGAAGACCAGUUGUUGAAUGCUGUUAACAGUUCAGCAAUGAAAAAAGAUCCAGUAUCCAAAACAGAGGACAGUUUAGCUCUCCAGAAGAAACUUCACUCUCUAGAAGAGCAGCUCAACAAUGAAAUGCAGACCAAAGAUGAGUUGGAGCAAAAAUACAGAAGCAACUGUAGCCGCCUAGAGAAGAUCACCAAAGAGCUUGAUGAAGAAAUAAAUAGCAGAAAAGGGUUGGAGACGACUCUGAGACAGUUGGAGAGAGAGAAAGCUCUCCUGCAGCACAAGAGCGUGGAGAGUCACCGCAGGGCAGAGAGUGAAGCCGACCGCAAACGCUGCUUAGAGAAUGAAGUGAACAGUCUGAGGGAUCAGCUGGAUGAAAUGAAGAAGAAAAACCAGAACUCACACAUCUCCAAUGAGAAGAACAUCCACCUGCAGAAACAGCUGGAUGAGGCAAAUGCGUCACUGCGGGCAGAAUCUGAUGCUGCUGCGAGGCUGCGUAAAGCUCAGACAGAGAGCUCAAAACAGCUGCAGCAGCUGGAGGCUCACGUGAGGGAACUGCAGGACAAAUGCUGUAUGCUGGAGAACAGCAAGCUUACACUAGAGAGGGACAAUAUCAGCCUGCAGGCCGCACUGGACUCAGAGAAACGAGAGCACACGCAGGGCUCUGAGACUAUAUCUGAUCUACAGGCACGCAUCUCUGGUUUGGAGGAGGAAGUGAAACAGGUGAGACAGGCCCUAUCUAAAGCUGAGACGGAGAAAAGGCAACUCCAGGAGAAGCUUACAGACCUGGAAAAGGAGAAGAGCAAUAACCAGAUUGACAUGACCUAUAAGCUGAAGAUUCUGCAGCAGGGUUUGGAGCAGGAGGAGGCGGCACACAAGGCCACAAAAGCUCGACUUGCUGAUAAGAACAAGAUCAGCGAGUCCAUCGAAGGAGCCAAAUCUGAGGCUGUAAAGGAGCUGGAACAGAAGCUGCAGGAGGAACGUUCCUCUAAACUGCGCGUAGAGAACAGGGUGUUAGAACUGGAGAAGAAGAACUCCAUGCUCGACUGCGACUAUAAACAGUCACUGCAGAAACUAGAGGAAUUGCGACGACACAAAGAGAGACUCACAGAAGAGAUGAAGAAUCUAAGUCUGAAGAUUGAGCAAGAGAUUCAGAAACGUGCUUUGACUCAGAAUGACCUAAAGGUUCAGAACCAGCAGCUCAGCACCCUGCGAACUUCAGAGAAACAACUCAAACAGGAGAUAAACCACCUGUUGGAAAUCAAACGCAGCCUGGAAAAGCAAAAUAUGGAAUUGCGCAAGGAGCGUCAGGAUUCUGAUGGACAGAUGAAGGAACUGCAGGAUCAGUUGGAGGCAGAGCAGUAUUUCUCUACGCUGUAUAAGACACAGGUGCGGGAGCUGAAGGAAGAGUGUGAAGAGAAAAAUAAACUCUAUAAAGACAUGCAACAGAGUCUACAGGAGCUACAGGAGGAAAGGGAUUCUCUUGCGGCCCAGUUAGAGAUCACACUAACGAAAGCUGACUCAGAGCAGCUGGCACGCUCCAUUGCAGAGGAGCAGUAUUCCGACCUGGAGAAGGAGAAGAUCAUGAAGGAGCUGGAGAUCAAAGAGAUGAUGGCCAGACACAGACAGGAGCUUGCAGAAAAAGACACCACCAUCACCUCAUUAGAGGAAGCUAAUCGCACAUUGACGAAUGAUGUGGCAAACUUGGCCAAUGAGAAAGAAGAACUGAACAACAAGCUAAAGGAAACACAUGACUACCUGCAGAAUCUCAAGAAUGAAGAGCAGUCCAUCGUUCAAGUGAAACUAGCUCUUGAGAAACAGCUUCAGUCAGAGAGAACUCUCAAAACACAGGCGGUGAACAAGCUGGCAGAGAUCAUGAAUAGAAAGGAGGUCAGAGGCGGUGGAAGUCGCCGUGGAAAUGAUACAGACGUGAGGAGGAAGGAGAAAGAAAACAGGAAGUUGCAGCUGGAGCUGCGUUCCGAGAGGGAGAAGCUCAACAGCUCUAUCAUCAAAUACCAGAGAGAAAUCAACGACAUGCAGGCGCAACUGGCAGACGAGUCUCAGGUGCGUGUUGAACUGCAGAUGGCCCUGGACAGUAAAGACAGCGAUAUCGAGCAGCUGCGCAGCCUGCUGAACUCUCUUAACGUCCAGUCGCUCGACUCUGCCAGUAUGAGCAGCGGCCCAGAUAUGGACACUGAUGAAUCACUACCAGAGACAAGACUGGAGGGUUGGCUAUCUUUACCAGUGAGGAACAACACCAAACGAUUUGGGUGGGAAAGGAAGUAUGUUGUGGUGAGCAGCAAGAAGAUUCUCUUCUACAACAGUGAGCAGGACAAAGAGCAUUCGAAUCCUUACAUGGUGUUGGACAUAGAUAAACUUUUUCAUGUGCGUUCGGUAACCCAGACGGACGUCUAUCGUGCUGACGCCAAAGAGAUCCCCAGAAUAUUCCAGAUCUUGUAUGCUAAUGAGGGAGAGAGCAAGAAAGAACAAGAACUGGAAGCUCUUCCUGGGGACAAGUCCAGCUACAUUUGCCAUAAGGGUCAUGAGUUCAUUCCCACCCUGUACCACUUCCCAACGAACUGUGAAGCCUGUACCAAACCCCUGUGGAACAUGUUUAAACCACCUCCAGCUCUCGAAUGCAGACGAUGCCACAUCAAGUGCCACAAAGACCACAUGGACAAGAAAGAGGAAGUCAUUGCUCCCUGUAAAGUGAACUAUGACGUGUCUACGGCUAAAAAUCUGCUGCUGUUAGCAUUGUCUCAGGAGGAACAGCAGAAGUGGGUUAGUCGGCUCAUGAAGAAGAUCCCCAAAAAACCUCCAGCACCAGAUGCCCCUCACCGCUCUUCUCCCAGAGUUCCUGUUAAAGUACAAAACAGUCAAUCCUUGAAGAGGUCCAGCCGGCAAAUACCCCCCGGCAAACCCAGGCCUCUGGAUUCGGAGCUUCAGGACUGGCACUGGGCUCUGGAUGACCUGGAUGAUGUAGAUUAUGACCAUACGUUUAAUUUCUGAGGAGCAUGUGUAGGGUGGAAACACGUCCCCCUCGACUGGACACGCCAAAGAUGAGGCGAGAAGACUCCACCAACAGCCUUCUGAUCAAAUGAGUCCGUUUGAUUACCAUGUUUACAAACUGUUUAUCAAGAAGGCAUUUCAGCUGUACUGUAAAGGGAAAAACAAACCGAGAGAAUGCAUAUCAAAACAGUAUUUUUAUUUCUAGGUCUUCUUUGUUUGUUUCCUUUUGCAAUAAAAGUUUGCGACAUGUGUGUGCUGCAGGUGUAUUAAUCUGCUUCUCUUGAGCAUGAUGGCACACUGUGAUUUUUCUUUCCUCUUGGGUUAAAAUGUGGUGAAACUAACUUUCUCUUUCUUUCUCGAUUUCUCCCUCAUUCUCUAGUUAACCUUAUAUUGGGAUUCUGGUGCUGCUACAUGGUGAUUUGGGGUUCUUCCUAUCACAUCAACAAAAGACCUUUGUUGUAACUUUUCGCACAUUUUGGCAAAUCCAAAAAAAAGUGAGAGAUGUACAAAUGUUGAAGAAGGCUUUGCUGUCGUGAUAUGGCUUUUAUUCUCUGGGCAUACGUUUGCUUCGACUGCAAGAGCACAACAGUUCUACACAAAACUAAAGGGUCAGCGCAUCACACCAAACUACUUCAUUCAAGGCCAGAAUUGACCUGAACGCUAAGACUGAACCCCACUGGACCGGCCAGAGAAUGUGGACGACAGUUGGGUCUGACCGUAGUCUUUUUUUGUUGUUGACUUUAAUGGCUGAAUAUAGACAAUAGUGCAACACACCACAUAAACGGCUAGAAAACACCACUACAUAUGUUUCUCAUUACUUCAUAAAGGCAAUGAAACUGUAGUGUUUCUUAUUGUAGUGUUUUUACUUUUGUUUACCCCACUGUGUGAUCAAAGCUUGAUUAAACCUUCUCUGGUCAUGACUGCAUCCCAUAAUGCUCACUCCUCAGUAUGAAUCGAAUGUAAUGAUGGUAUGAUUAACAGAGAGCAACAUCUAGAUGUGCAUGUGGGCAGGAGUUUCUAAAAUGUUUCUAGAUUUGAAAUUGUGAUCUGAAAUUGUGUCAGUUUUUGGCCAGUCGUCUUAGGAAUUUGAUCGUCAGCUGUUAAAAGUUGAAAUUUUGAGUCUCAAAAUUGAUUCAUCUUCCAGGCACAUAACUGAAAUGUUCAUAAGACUGUAGAAUGUCUGAAAACCACAUUUAAAUUCAUGAAGUAUUUUGUAGAUUUUUUUUUUUUUUUUUAAUUCUGUGAUUUGAAGUCAAAAGUUUUUUGUUUGUAUCUUCACCCUAGCAAACAGUGUGUAUCUCUGGGUGUGCUGUGAAUGCAUAUCCAUGUUCUUUUACACGUUAUAUAUAUGAAUAUACAGCGUAUAUUUGACCUGCCAUCUUACCAGUUGGUUUGCUAUUUAUACAGGUCUGGGCACUUUUUUAUUUUAUUUUAAAGCUCUGCCUCCAGAUUUGCAUGUUUUAUAUUGAUGUACUGUUUGACAAUAAAAUGAAAAGCAUA